GGCAUAUCAACUCACUCUAUUUUUCGUUUUGCAUUGUUAUUUUACGGGUUUGUUUAAAUUAAUAGAAACAUCUUUUUAAAAACACACUAAUGACAGCAUCACCAGUGACGUUUACAUGAAGAAAGGCUGAGCCUUGCGCUAAACGGAGCGCAGCUCUGACGCGUUUUUCUGCAGCGCUCUGGCGCACACAGAUAUAAAACCCACCGCGCACCAAACGCCCGGAGUAGAAGAGACCCACAGGACAGCGCGCAAAUCUCCCUUUGACUCUCUGGGAAAUAUGCAUCCCAACUUUGUGAGCUGGCUGGGGACUCUGGGGUUCCUGCUUUGGGCGCUGCUGUGCCUGGGCGCCCUAACGGAGGGAUACCCAGUGAAACCGGAGAACCCCGGGGAGGAUGCUCCGGCGGACGAGCUAGCCAAGUACUACUCAGCCCUGAGACACUACAUCAAUCUCAUCACAAGACAGAGGUAUGGAAAGAGGUCUAGUCCUGAGAUUCUGGACACACUGGUCUCAGAGCUGCUGCUGAAGGAAACCACAGACACGCUUCCACAGUCAAGAUAUGACCCAUCAUUGUGGUGAUGCUGUCAUCAGUGUUGGCUCCACCUCACUGCUGCCCCGCCACCGCUGACAUUCUGACCUCUAGUCUACACAUCUCUUAUGCCAUACCCUACACCAAAUGACCACCCUGCCUCUGCCCCUUUAACCUGUAUGAGCCCCCAUAUUCAACCCCGCCUCCUUACCCAUCAGUUACACUCUGCUUAUAGUAUGUGCCAUAAAAUUGUAAAUAGUUUAUUCAGAGUUAUCGUCUGUGGAACCUAAAAGUAAAGUGGAGGAGGGCAUGUUGAUUGCAUUGUAUAAUU